UGCUAUAUUUAUUAGCUUAAUCACAAAUACAACAGUAGCUAGCCUAUUACAAUAAUAAUGUGAUUGUGCUAUAAUGUGAUAGAUGAUAAAAAUCAUCGUUUUUUUUUUUUGUUUUUGCAGUGUUGACCAAAAACAUUUUAAUCUCUACAUUUGAAUAAUUUCACAGCUGUUGUAAGAUUUUGUUUUAAUGCGUAAAGCUUAAUUUUAUACAUAAAACAAAUGGUCUAUUUUGUAGAAGUAGCAUCUAGAGUCCGAUCAAACUUUUUGUAUUUUUUUUCCAGUUAGCUUUCAUUCAUUAUCAGCCGCUUAGUUCACGUUCAGAUUUAGUUUAACUUGUCUGCACAUCACAGUAUGCCUUGCUGAGGAGCAGACUGAAGGUUUGAGCGAAUGACUGGUCACUUAACAGGUCAUAUCUCAACCAUCCAGUGGCACUUACUGCCAUAUAAAGUAUACAUAUGGCUCACGUAAAGAUCAUUUUUACGUCUGAACUAUUUUAUGUCUUCUUGUGCUCGGCUAGGCCUUGCAGAAUACGUGUAUCCAUCAUAGAUUUGCCUGCAAAAUAUGUGAAAAAUAAACAUGUUCUGUCUAAAACAAGGUGGAUGAUGUUAAACUGGACGUCAGUGAUGAGAUAUACAAUGACAUAAUAAUCUAGCCUAUUUACGCGUUUAGGGGUUUAUUUUAUUAUUGCAAACAGUAGGCCCACUCCAUUAAAAUUUGGAUACGAAAUUCUACAACGACGCUUCUCAAAUAACCAUUUUUGUUACGCUUGGUUAUUAGAUGCUGAAGUUUAACAACAUGAAUAAAAUCAAAUCCACCUUCAUAAAAGCAUAUGGCUAUACCAUUAAAAAUAUGACUUGUAAAAUGGAGGCCAUUUAACCGUGUGCACUGGUUAGGCUUUCCCCUUUAUCUCCCACGUUCUCUCCCACAGUCACGUGCCUAGCACAUCCAAUCCAAUCUCUGCAGUGAUUCAACUUAUCAGAGGUCUGUAGUUCACAGCGAAGUCAAGUAGUUAGUUACUUGAUUUCAACGGAUUCUGCUUUUGUGGCAGUUUCAUUGUGGGUGUAUCCGUCCGGCUGGUCUCUCUUUGCUUGUUUUUGUUAUGUCGACAUUGGGCACACUGAGUUACUACGCUGACUCACACAUUCCACACGAGAAUGACGAUCAUUUGGCACCGAGGUUCUCAUCUGGACCCGUGGUCCAGCAGCAGACUCGAGAACUGACGCUACUUGAAUAUGGCGAACAGGAGCCGUACACUUUCCAGGCCAAAUCAUCAAUUUUUGGUGCGUCGUGGAGUCCCGUGCCCGUUCAGCCCCCAGGUACCUCUAUCGCCUACCACCCGUACAUCCAUCACCCAUGUUCAACAGGAGAAACCGAUGGAGCAUCCGUGCGUUCCUGGGCGCUAGAACCGCUUCCUGCUCUGCCUUUCACGGGAUUAUCCACAGAUACGCACCAUGAUAUAAAACUUGAACCACUGGUUGGGAGUGGUGAGUGCACCACACAUACACUGCUUGUGGCCGAGACUGACAACAAUACGACCCAAGCAGAGAGGAAGCUACCUGACGAUGCGGUUUCCAACGGAUCACAGGAUGAGAAAACUCCAGCAGAGACGAAGCUAGAUGUAGACACAAAUAACCCUGCGUCCAACUGGCUGCAUGCGAAGUCCACUAGGAAAAAGCGCUGUCCAUACACUAAGCAUCAAACUCUCGAGCUGGAGAAAGAAUUUCUGUUUAAUAUGUACCUCUCACGCGACCGUAGAUAUGAAGUGGCAAGACUCCUAAAUCUCACCGAGAGACAAGUCAAAAUUUGGUUCCAAAACCGUAGGAUGAAGAUGAAGAAAUGCAAUAAAGAUCGUCCAAAAGACAUUUAAAAAAAAUGGAAAGCUGUAAAUGCGCACUGCAGAUGAGUUCUUUGCUUCGUGCGAAGGUGUUUGUGAAUUAGUCUGUCUUUUCCCUCAUGCACAACCACAGUAGAUUAUAAUAUAGCCAACAUUUUGUAAUGUUAGAUGUACAUUGCACAAACCUUUGAUCUGAGCUUGUAUAUAUAUGAUUGUGUCUUUGUAUACAGCUUGUUGGUGAUAGUUCUCUUAUUUGGUCUGUUUGUUGUAGGUCUAUAGCAUUUCGCAUUGUGUAAAUUUUAAAUAUGUUAAAUUUUGUUUUUUAAGGUACCAGUUCAUGAUUUCAGGGAAACAGUUUCUGCGAUAUGAAAUGCUGAUGAUAUGCAUGAUUUUUUUUAAUUCAGAAAAAAACUUGUAGCGUAAUGUAUCAAUGUUUAUUGUGACUACCUAGAUGUAUUUGAACUACCUAUGUAUUAAGAUGAAUUAAUUUAUGUUGUGUUGUUCGUCGUUGAAAUAUUUCAGUGAAUUUUGUAACAUUUACGUGCUUGUAAUGUUAUAUGUGGAAAAUUGCAUACGCCAAUACCUCAAAUCAACAGUGUUAGUUCUUUUCAAAUGAAAUGUGUACAUAAAUAAAUUUCUGAUAAAUAGUA